GAAAGUGAUUUUCUGGCUGUGUCCGGGUGAUUGCUGCUACUGACGAGCUUUGAAUAAUUCUUGGUUGAUUAAGCUUUUGAAAGGUUAUCUUUUCUCUCAGGACUGGUCUUGGGAGGGGGCUGACGAGCAAGGUCCUUAUCUCUUACCUCAGGUCCACACCGUCUGCUGCCUAUAAGAGGAUGGUGAGCUGUACAGGAGUUAGUCACAUUCCCUCCUGCCACCUGCUGCGCUGCCCAGGAACCGAACAGCAACAUGCCUAGCCUGGCACCAGCCGUCCUCACUGUCGUGUGGCUGCUGGCGUGGCACAGUGGCACCAGUGCUAGUGCUAGAGUGCCUACUCUCGGGGUGAAGCUGUGCGGGAGAGAAUUCAUAAGGGCCGUCAUCUUCACUUGUGGGGGGUCUCGAUGGAGGAGAAACGACGCCAUGCAGACAGGAGACCCUGCCGAUGGUUUUCGGAACCUAGGACCCACGGACAUAGAUUCCGAGGAGGAGGAAACGUUUAGCGAGUGGGCUAACUUGCGCCCCAUCAAAGGUGAAAUCAUGGACUUCGGGACCUCCCAAAGCUGGAGGGACGCCACGGGUGCAAGACACGGAGCCGCCGCUGCGUCAGAAGACUCCCUGAGGGUGGGGGAAAGACGAGGACGGGAGGUGGCGCUGGGCUUGUCCAGUACGUGCUGCAAAUGGGGCUGCAGUAAAAGUCAGAUCAGCUCCCUGUGCUGAGGCCGGAGAACAGCCGCAGUUCUGUUCGUGUCCGUUACGGAGAGUGGAUUCAGUAUGGCCGAACACAUGCAUUGAUGUGGUGCAGAGUGUAUGAAUGUUUACUGUGACAGCUCCUAGGGGGCUGCCUGUGUCCUGUUACAUCUGUGAAAUCUUCCUGUAGUAUGGACGUGUUAUUUAUUACCACCUGCGGUCACGGCGUACUGGCCUAUGUAAUAAGCCGUGUCAUUUUCUCUAAUAAAGAACAAAACAAGAGCGCAAACAACUGCCAAAAACAAGUGCUGUGUGACAAAUAUAAGUAGCACCUUGUCUGACCGACAUGUAAACCUGUGUUUUGUGUAUAUAAACCAUCUGGCGAUCUUGUUGAUAUUGUUA